GUUUAUCCAUCCGUUUACAUUUUCCGAUGAUUUUCAACGGGCUAUCAGUCAGUACAGCUCAAAGGUAGCUCCACAUUUUGCCAAGGUAGAUUUUUCUUAGCUUCAGCGUUGCUUGGCGAGUUCCAGACCGCUUGAUUUGGAUACUUUUUGUGGUUUAGUUACUGCUUUUUUCACCGCUAAAAUCUGGAAGUGGUUUGACCAGCCGAGUAGAGAAACUACACUGUCCGCGCCGUUCCAUUUCUUCCGUCGGUGGUCGACUCGCCUGUGGCCUGUGACGGUUUAGGGGCAAAAUGCUUGCUCACUCCAGACAACUGAUCACCUGCUUAGGUGUAUUUCUGGCCUUAUCCUACAGGACAGCUGCUCAAAAUGACCCGAAAUUAGUCCUCCAGCCCGCAACCGGAAAUCUCACUACAGCCAUCGACAGCGAUCCCUUUAUAGAAUGUACUGUCCAACCGCAGACCGCCAAAGGCGCCGUGGCCAACGUCCGCUGGCUGGAUCCAGAAGGCAAUGAAAUCGGCGAUAAAGGACUUAAUAACAGAAAGUACACAAAGAACGCAUUUGGUGGAACUUUCGGGCGUAGUCUGAAAUUCUUCAAAGGCCAAAAGGACGAUUCCGGCCUGUACAAGUGUGUGGCAGAUUUCUACGGUCACGACCGUCUGGAAACAGGAGUGUAUGUGGUAUUCUAUGAGGAUAUCAAAUUCGAGGAUGCCCCGACGCUGCAGCAUCCCCUUUUGAACACUGCUGGUAAAGUUCGUUGUCUGGUCAGCGGCAAUCCGGCACCCAUCGUCGAGUGGUGGCACAAUCAGGCCAUUGUAACAUCCGGUGGGCGAUAUCGUGUGGAAACGGAUGGAUUGGUCAUCGAGGAUAUCGGGGUGGAGGAUAAUGGUGAAUAUACUUGCACUGCCGCUGUGCCGGAGAUGGGCCGGAGCAUCGAAAGACAGAUCAAUGUGGAAGUUCACAGUGCACCCGAAUUUAAAGCUGACGGCUUACCGAAACCAGCCCGCGGUUUGGAAGGUCGCAGUGCCAGUAUGGAAUGUGAAGCUACCGGCAUUCCGAUGCCAGAAAUCAAAUGGAUUUUCGUUCCUAAUGGCGAAGAUGUGACCAAGCUGGAGCACGACGAACAGAAAACACGCCGUCACACCGUAGAUCCUGUAACUGGGACCAUGAAUAUCAACGAUCUGAAGAAAGUGGACCAGGGUCAGUACAAGUGUAUGGCCGAGAAUGCCGCCGGUCGCAAGGAAGAAACCGCUGAGCUGUUUGUUGCGGAGAAGCCCCGUUUCGACGUGGUGACUAACACCACCAUGCAUGAGAACAAAUCAGCGACCAUCGAGUGUACCGUGCGCGGAGAUCCCGCUCCCACCCUUCGCUACAUCCGCGAAGGCACGGAACUGCCCAUUACGGCCGACACCGAUCCGCGUUACGUGUUGGUGGAAAAUGAGCGGGAGUUGCGGUUAACGAUCAACGAUCUGCAGCGGAGUGAUGAUGGACUGUACACGUGUGAAGCAUCCAAUGAAGCCGGUGUGGAGACGAAGGCCUCGCACAUUACGGUGCAGUUUGCGCCGUCCUUUGCUAACACGCCAAUGCACGUGGCCAAAACGUGGAUGGGCAACCUGGAAGCGGUGAAUAUCACGUGUAUUGCCGAGAGUAUUCCCAAUGCGACGAUUCGGUGGCAGCAGAGGAUUAUCAAUUCACCUCAUCAUCUACCUACGAAAGAUAUCACAGAACAAAUGGAGCAGGAUGGUUAUAAAAUCGAAAACCGUGGACCUUCUAGCAGUCUACUGGUAUCCGCUGUGUCUUAUGACAUUUUUGGAGAAUAUCUCUGUAUCGCCAGUAAUGAACUGGGCGAAUCGACCCACGUUGUCCGACUUCUCCAGGCCACGGUGCCUAAACCCAUCGCUUCCGUGCGGGUGGAGGAACUGACAGCCACCACUGUGCGAUUCGAGAUUAUCAGUCCCAAUGACGACGAAAACUUAAUAUUAGAAGGAUAUGAUGUGUUUUAUAUAAAAGUGGCAACCGAAGAAAACUUCCAGCAAGCGCCAGCGCGUAGCUGGCCCAUCGGUGUGCCCUACACUGUUGAGGGUUUGGAGCCGGGUCGCAGCUACCGAUUCCGUUUCUAUCCCAAGAACAGAGUCGGCGUGGGAGCCGCUUUCGAUAAGGAAGUUAGUAUGCCGGAAAUCGGACCGCCUCGACCGCCGACUUUCCUUCCCAAUGGAAAUGACACCUCGGGUGAAGCUACCCGGUACCGUCUGCAAUGGCAGGAACCGAACGAUAACGGAGCGAAGAUUGUUGAGUACAAGAUCACGUACUGGAAGGCAUCUGAAGGUAGAGAAGCUUCCCGUGUUGUAACAACCCGUGCACCUGCCAGUUCCUACGUGCUGACCGGUUUGGAAGGAGGGACCACGUACCAAGUGGAAAUUGUAGCGCGUAACGAGCGGGGAUUCAGUGCCCCUCUUGAACUUUUUUUCACAACUGGACAUGGUCGCUUUUCAUCGCACGCUUUGAGCUCCGCUCAAGGAUUUCACAAAAUUGACCCGGUGGAAGGUGAUGUACAGUUGUCGACACCGGUUAUAAUUGGAAUUGCCGUUGCGGCAGGAUUAUUACUCGCCUUAAUUAUUGAUUUAACCUGCUUUUGUACGAGACAUGCCGGUUUGACUCACUGGCUGGCCACUCGUCUUUGUGGAAAAUCAGAGAAACUCAAAAAUCAUGAUGUAGAAAAUAUUCGCCAUACAGAGACUGAUCAAGUGGAUAAAGCAUCUUCGUAUCUCAUAUUCAGCAAUUUGGCAUAUCACGAUAGUAAUAAGCAGAAUGGAUCUAACACGGCCAACCGAACACAAAGCGACGACACGAAUCUGUACGAACGUAUCGCGGAUUCGGGAUUCUGCGAGGGCGAUGAGCAGGGCAGGUAUCAAGUGGGUGCCACACGGUCCUUGUCCAUGGGCAGCCUGGUCCAGUUGGAAACCGAUGUAUAGUUGUUUUGCUCUUCUGUUUUUUUAAUCAGUGUCGAUUGUCUCCUUUAUAAAUCUCCACGUUAUUACUUUUGAUUGCCUUUUGUUGCCCCCGCAAAUGCCCCGUUCCUGUGCGCAUCUCAGUGGUCAACAUGUUAUUUAGUUUAAACAUUGCCUCUAGAGAGACGUUUUUCUCGGAAAAUGAUUUAGUGUGAUAUUUCUUUGGUUAUGUUUGUGCCGGUCUCUGUCUACGGCCCUGAACGGUAUUGUUGUAUGUUGUUUUUUACAUUUCGGUUUUGAACAUGAGUACUUCUAUAAGCAAUGUAUUAUGUACGGUUUAAAAAGAAUCUCUUCAGCAUGAUGGA